AUAUUCUGGAAGAUUACGAAUAUCAUAUAUUCCAUAACUAAUUCAAACUAAAAUAAAUUGCACUAAAUUGUGACAGGGCCUAGUCCAAUUUCAAAAUCCAAGCCCAAAAGAACGUUAGCGACUAGGUGUUUCACCUCGAGAACUCUGAAUCAUUCUCGAGAAGCACCUUAUCUAAGCUCGUUCAUACAUGAUCCAAACUGCAAGGGAUCUUGGAAGGUCCUAGAAGCUUGAAUUUGGUUUCCAUAUCAACCCACCUGUUUCCUUCUUUAAAUCACUUCCUAUUACCUUCCACUCCGUUCUACUCUACUUCCGAUCAAUUUCUAGCGCAUUCUCGCCAACGAUGUCGAUCAUUCCAAUCGGCGGCCAAGACGGCCGUAUUUCCAAUAGUUCCUCUUCAAGCAUCGUCAAUCGCUUCCCGAAAUUCCCCUUCCCUCUGGACUUAUGGCACGAUUUCCCUUUCCCUUCCUCAAUCUCGCACGCCUUUCCGGACUUCGCCUUUGGAGGCUCCGUCAACACUCGUCUCGACUGGACCGAGACGCCGAACGCGCAUGUCCUGAGAGCCUUCCUUCCGGGCUUCCAAGGAGAAGACGUUCUCGUCGAGCUUCAGGAUGAUCGGAUGCUUCAGAUCAGCACCGAGAGCGGCGGCUUUGUGAGUAGAUUCAAGAUUCCGGAGAGCGGGAAGAUCGAGGAGUUGAGUGCGUUUAUGGAUUUUGGAGUUCUCACUGUGUUUGUUCCUAAAGAAGACGAUCAGAGCAGACGCGAUGUUCGAGUGGUGGAGAUCACCGGCGAGUAGAUGAAGAUCUUCAUCUUUGUACAA